GCGGAUAUGGUCGAAUGGUAAAAUUUCUCUUUGCCAAGGAGAAGACGCGGGUUCGAUUCCCGCUAUCCGCC